GUUCUCCCCACAUUCGCCCAGCACCAGGAAAGGAACCCCGUCCGGAUCGUCGCUCGCCGGAUACUUGUGCGGGCAGCCGGCAUCGGGCGCGCUGGGCGCGGAGCUGCCCACGGGCGGCGCGGGGGCCCCAGGCCGGCCGCCCCCUUCCCCCCGGCCCCCCUCGCCGCACCUGGAUGGUACCUCCCGCCGGCGACGCGGGCACUUUCUGAACUAGGAAGGAAGGGGCGACUCGGGGGGGGGUGGGGGGCGCCGAAGUCUGUAUGGAAUUACCUGCGCCCCCGGCGGAGCUGGCAGCGGUGGAUGGAUGGGCGCCGCGUCCGCGGCACUCGCGGCCAGCUGAGCCCCAGGAGUAAACACGGGGCUCCUCCGGCCGAGUGCGCAGUGUGGUGACCGGCACUCGCCUCGCUGACUGAUCGCACCGGAGGAAUAUUUCGGGAGACUCCUGUGGGUAAGGUCAUUUUAUCCAGGCAAAAGCCCGGCGUUGCUAAACUUGGUGGCGGGUGACUGAAAUGGGCACUUUCGGAAUUGCUGCAUUACCCUGAUGCGAGGGGCUCCAGCCGCUAUUGGCAGUUGAGUGGAAUAACUGCAGUGGGUCUUCUGGAAGCAGCCACGGAAAGACAGAAGAUGAAAGCUCCUAUGCCCAACUUGAUUCUCUUGUAUGCUACUCUGACUCAGAGCUUGAAGGUUGUAACCAAAAGGGGAUCAGCUGAUGGAUGCACUGACUGGUCUGUGGAUUACAAGAAAUAUCAAGUUCUAGUGGGAGAACCUGUUCGUAUAAAAUGUGCACUCUUUUAUGGAUAUAUUAGAGCUAAUUACUCCCUAGCCCAAAGUGCUGGACUUAGUUUGAUGUGGUACAAAAGCUCUGGACCUGGAGAUUUUGAGGAACCUAUAGCUUUUGAUGGAACCAGAAUGAGCAAAGAAGAAGACUCCAUUUGGUUCAGACCAACAGUGGUACAAGACAGCGGUCUCUAUGCAUGUGUUAUAAGAAACUCAACUUACUGUAUGAAAGUGUCCAUUUCGCUGACAGUGGGUGAAAACGAUACCGGACUCUGCUACAAUUCAAAGAUGAAAUAUUUUGAAAAAGCUGAACUUAGCAAAAGCAAGGAAAUCUCAUGUCCUGAAAUUGAGGAUUUUUUAUUUCCAUUUAGGGAGCCUGAAAUUCUGUGGUAUAAGGAAUGCAAGUCAAAGACAUGGAGAUCAAGUAUUGUGUUUAAAAAAGACACUCUUGUCAUUCGGGAAGUUAGAGAGGAUGACAUUGGAAAUUACACUUGUGAGCUAAAAUAUGGAUUCUUUGUUGUCAGAAGAACUACGGAGUUGACAGUUACAGCGCCACUAACAGAUAAACCACCAAAGCUUUUACACCCCUUGGAGAGUAAGCUAACAAUUCAGGAGACCCAGUUAGGAGGUUCUGCUAAUCUAACCUGCAGAGCUUUCUUUGGAUACAGUGGAGACGCCAGUCCUUUAAUCUACUGGAUGAAAGGGGAGAAGUUUAUUGAAGAUUUGGAUGAUAAUCGAGUCUGGGAAAGUGACAUUAGGGUUCUCAAGGAACAUCUCGGGGAACAGGAGGUUUCCAUCUCAUUGAUUCUUGACUCAGUUGAAGAGGCAGACCUAGGAAAUUAUUCCUGCUACGUCGAGAAUGGGAACGGACGCCGCCAUGCCAGUAUUCUUCUACACAAAAGGGAGCUGAUGUACACAGUUGAGCUUGCUGGUGGGCUUGGUGCUAUUCUGCUGCUGCUUGUUUGUUUAGUGACUAUCUACAAGUGUUACAAGAUAGAGAUUAUGCUCUUCUACAGAAAUCAUUUUGGAGCUGAAGAACUAGAUGGAGACAACAAAGACUAUGAUGCAUAUCUAUCUUAUACCAAAGUGGAUCCUGACCAGUGGAAUCAAGAAACUGGAGAAGAAGAAAGAUUUGCUCUUGAGAUUCUACCAGAUAUGCUGGAAAAGCAUUAUGGAUACAAGUUGUUCAUACCAGACAGAGAUUUGAUUCCCACAGGAACCUACAUUGAAGACGUGGCAAGAUGUGUAGACCAAAGCAAGCGACUGAUCAUCGUCAUGACUCCAAGUUACGUGGUAAGAAGAGGUUGGAGCAUCUUUGAACUGGAAACAAGGCUUCGAAAUAUGUUAGUCACGGGAGAAAUCAAAGUGAUACUGAUUGAAUGCAGUGAACUACGAGGAGUUAUGAACUACCAGGAGGUUGAGGCCCUAAAACAUACCAUCAAGCUCCUCACUGUCAUUAAAUGGCACGGACCAAAAUGCAACAAGUUGAAUUCCAAGUUCUGGAAACGUUUACAGUACGAAAUGCCUUUUAAGAGGAUUGAACCCAUGACAAACGAGCAGGUUUUAGAUGUCAGUGAGCAGGGGCCCUUUGGGGAACUGCAGACAGUCUCCGCAAUUUCCAUGGCUGCUGCCACCUCCACUGCUCUUGCCACUGCCCAUCCAGACCUGCGCUCCACCUUUCAUAACACAUAUCAUUCACAGAUGCGCCAGAAACACUAUUACCGGAGCUAUGAGUACGAUGUACCUCCUGCUGGCACCCUGCCUCUUACCUCAAUAGGUAACCAGCACACCUACUGCAACAUCCCCAUGACACUUAUAAACGGGCAGCGGCCGCAGACAAAAACUAACAGGGAGCAGAACCCCGAAGAGGCUCACACAAACAGUGCCAUACUGCCCCUCCUGCCACGGGAGACCAGUAUAUCCAGUGUCAUUUGGUGACCGACA